AGACUGAAUCGCAUGAGGAUAGUGAAAGUAGUUCUACAUUGCAUUCUCCACGUAGAGAAAAACAAGAACGAACAAAAAUUAGAAAGAUAAGAAAAAGAAGUCCUUCACGGGAAAGAGGGAGAUUAAAUAAGAAAAAAAGCCGAGAUUUGAAGAAAGAACCCAAGAAAUUAUUUGAGUGGGCCAACAUUGUACAAGCUAAACAUGCUGUUAUUGAGGAUGAUGAGGAUAAACUUUAUAUGGGUGAUUCUUUAUUUAUUAUCGAAUGGGAUAAAACCGGACUUCAGCAAUGA